GACAUUCCUAGUGCUUGACAAGCUUGAAGCUUGAGCGCUGAGCAACCAGCGACGUUAAUCUUUGCAAUAAAGUCGAGUCCCAAGGACGCCUCUGCCUACUUCUGUUGGAAAGAUUGCAGUUUCAAACGUGGACCUAAAAUUAGAUGCGUCUGACACUGUAACUCGCCUCGCUGCUCUAUUUAAACAGGCAUUCAUGUCAAGGUAGCCCAACUACCCUUACUCCCCAACAACCUCUCAAUGGCCAAUAUCAACUAUGCAGACGCGGACGGCUACAGCUCCCUAGCUGCCGCCAUUGUUUUCAUCGUCCCCUACGUCCCUCUAUGUGGACUUUUCAUUCUCCAAUGCUUCAGAAACCUCACCUACGUGCGCUUCGUGUUAAUUCUCUUUUGCCAAAUUCGUAUCGCUGCAUUCACGAUACGUGCUAUUUUGAUAGCAUCGGACUCGGCUGGUGAAAAUCUUAGUCUGUUCAUUGCCGACCAGGUUUUGUUUGGGAUAGGGUUCUUUGGGCUGUUGUACGCUGCUUACUCCUUGGUGCUGGACAGGGAACUACUCUCUGACGAGCCUCCCGCUAAAAACAUCAUAUCGCGCCUCGGGCGUAAUCGCAUGCUCUUCCAUCUUUCCCUCUCAACUGGCGUCGCAUUAGGAGUAGCAGGUACCACUAUAGAGUCGAAUGAUCCAACGAGCUCUACCGGCACCACCCUUCGCAAAGCCAGCAUUGCAAUCUUCCUGGUCCUCACAGUCCUUCAAGCGUGCCUGACGAUAGCACUCAUCAUGAAAGAGAAUGAUGAUGAAUACCAUACGAUACAUACUAAAUCCUUUGGAGAGAAGCAUGGGUCCUUCAUUCUUUGUGCCAUCUCGUUUCUCCUCCUAGUGCGCGAGAUUUUCUUGAUGGCCACGAUCGAUAAUACCAAGACGGCUGCCAAUGAGCAUUUCUGGUACCCGCUGGUUGCACUGCCGGAGGUCCUGGCAGUUACACUGUAUUGUGCGCCGGGUCUUGCCCCCGAGCGGUUUGAGCUACCUAAGUAAUGGGUUUAUGGUGCUUGACUUAUUGUAGCUGGUCUUCAAUAUUCAGUCUUAUAUAUAAAAUGGACCUUACGCCAAAGGACUUCCGCCAUAAACUCCUUUAGUUAAUUACGACCGUUACCUAUGUCAGAUUGUUCCAUUACUGGACCCCCUACUACUCAACACGCACUCUUAUCAAAGAUAUAGGUCGUCAAACUAAUUG